AUGCAGCAUCACUCUAGAGGCACCACCGAGCAGAGGAGCGGCAAGCGCAAGGCGACCGGUAAGAGGAAGCUUUCGGAUCAGGAGGAGGCCUCACGGCACCCUCAAAACCAGCAGGCGUCCAUCUCGGAGCUCCUCUCCAGGAAUCAUACCACCUACGGCAAAGAGCAUCCGCAGAACUCUACCGCGACGAACAAACGUCCCCGGCUAUCGCCCUCCCCAUCGGGUCUGCUCCCUGGAUCGUGUCCGCAAACUCCCUCGUCAUCUGACAGAAUGUACAAUUUCUCGAACCAAGAAAACAAGGCGAGUGGGUUGUUCGGACAGAGCAUGUCCGGCUCUUGUCACCUCAGUGCGGCGGCCAAAUCUCGUCCUCCCAAUAUAGCAUCAUCGCGUCAGAGCAACUUCACUCCUCAUACGGGUGCAAAGAAACUUGUAGUAAAAAAUCUCCGAACGGGUUCUCGGUUCAAUCAGGAUUCCUACUUUGAGAAGGUCUGGAGUCAGCUUGAUGCAGCGCUGGCCGCGAUCUUCAACGGUGGCAAGCCUGAGGUCUCGCUAGAGGAACUUUACAAAGGGGCAGAAAACGUGUGUCGUCAAGGACGGGCUGCCCAUUUAGCCAAGCGACUACAGGACCAGUGUCGGGAACAUGUUUCUGGAAAACUACGCGACAUACUGGUGGCAAAAGCUGAAGGUGGCAGUAAUAUUGACGCAGUACGAGCUGUAGUUGAAUCAUGGGCAGCAUGGAAGUCAAAGCUGGUUACCGUUCGUUGGAUCUUCUACUAUCUUGACCAGUCGUUUCUUCUCCAUUCGAAAGAAUAUCCCGUCAUCCGUGAAAUGGGUCUUAUCCAGUUCCGAAAUCACAUAUACUCCGACCCAAGGCUAAAGUCAAAGAUUUCACAAGGCACCUCGGAUUCCUCUUUACUUCGCAAUGCUAUCGAACUAUUUCAUAGUCUCGAUGUCUAUACCGACAGCUUUGAGCCUCUCCUUGUUUCCGAAUCAAAGAAGUACUUCACGUCAUGGGUUCAACGAGAAGCGCCGGGGUAUCUUGCCACAUUUGCAGAGAAUAGCCACAGCUUGAUUGAGCGAGAGGUAAACAGGUGUGAAUUGUUUACUCUGAACCGAAGCACCAGGCAAAAAUUGUCUGAGCUUCUCGAUCGAAUCUUAGUGGCGGAUCAACAGACUGUUCUACUCAACCAGCCCGACGUUCUUGGCCUGCUACGCACAGGGAAUAAUGUUGCCCUGGAGAAGCUCUAUUCACUUCUCGAACGAAAAGAUCUCGGUGCGAAGUUGAAGUCAGCAUUCAGCACCUACGUUAUCGAAGAGGGCUCUUCGAUUGUUUUCGACGAAGAGAGAGAGGCGGAGAUGGUAGCCCGCUUGCUAGAGUUUAAACAGCAGUUAGAUGAGACUUGGGCCAUUUCUUUCCAUCAAAAUGAGGAGCUAGGUCAUACCCUCCGCGAAUCUUUCGAGAAUUUUAUGAACAAGGGUAAGAAGUCUGAGGCGACUGGAGGAACUGACAAUCCUAAAACCGGCGAGAUGAUUGCCAAGUACGUGGACCGGCUACUCAAGGGUGGAUGGAAAUUAGCUCCCGCACGAACGGCGGGGGACAUGCCUCUUGCAGACGAGGAUGCGGAGAUCAAUCGACAGUUAGACCAAGUGCUAAACCUAUUCCGAUUCGUUCACGGAAAGGCGGUCUUUGAAGCGUUUUACAAGAAUGAUCUUGCUCGACGGCUACUGAUGGGCAGGAGCGCCAGUGAUGAUGCUGAGAAGAGCAUGCUUUCACGACUCAAAACAGAAUGCGGAUCCGGUUUCACUCACAAUUUGGAGUCUAUGUUCAAGGAUAUGGAUGUCGCUCGGGAUGAGAUGGCAGCGUAUAGCUCUAUUCAGCGAGAACGUAAACAACGAUUACCGGUAGACCUCAGUGUCAGCGUACUGUCAGCCGCCGCCUGGCCAACAUACCCGGAUGUUCAGGUGCGGAUACCGCCGGAGAUCGCAACAGCUACCAGCGACUUUGAGAAGUUUUACUACAGCAAAUAUAAUGGGCGGAAGCUUAACUGGAAGCACCAGUUGGCACAUUGCCAGCUGCGGGCCAGGUUUCCAAAAGGAGACAAGGAAUUGGUAGUCAGCUCAUUCCAGGCGAUUGUACUGCUGCUGUUUAACGAACUCCCCGAUGGCGGAACGCUCAGUUAUUCUCAGAUUCAGGAGGGAACGAAAUUAACCGACAAGGAGCUCCAACGGACUCUUCAAUCGCUGGCAUGCGCCAAGUACCGAGUACUCAGCAAGAAGCCCAAGAGCCGAGAAGUUAGCGCCACGGACGAAUUCUCGUACAAUGCUGGAUUUUCAGACUCGAAGAUGCGGAUCAAGAUCAACCAGAUCCAGCUGAAGGAGACGAAGGAGGAGAACAAAACGACACACGAACGGGUGGCGGCCGACCGUCACUACGAGACCCAGGCGGCGAUUGUGCGGAUUAUGAAGAGCCGCAAGACCAUUACGCAUGCCGAGUUAGUAGCGGAGGUGAUCAUGGCAACACGGAGCCGUGGGGUGCUCGAGCCCGCUGAAAUUAAGAAGAACAUUGAAAAGUUAAUUGAAAAGGACUACAUGGAGCGAGAAGAGGGCAACCGGUACCAAUAUGUGGCAUAG